AUGCCUCGCAUCACCAGGGAAUCGUUGCUUGAUAUGCAUAAUCGAUUAGUUGUUGAUGAAUUAAUGUAUGACACAUUUUCAUUGGGAGAAGAGCAUCAGAGACUAUUGAAUCCCCUCACUGAUGAGCAGAGAGUUGUUUAUGACAGAAUCAUUUCGACAGUUACAGCAGGCAAAGGAGGGUUAUUCUUUCUAUAUGGAUUUGGUGGUACAGGAAAAACAUUUAUUUGGAAUACUCUUUCAGCAUCUGUUAGAUCAAAAGCUGAAAUAGUACUUAAUGUUGCUUCUAGCGGAAUUGCUUCCCUUCUGCUUCCUGGAUGA